CCCGAAAAUUUUCAUCAGCGCUCUCUCACCACCACCACCACAACCGCCACCGCCAACAAAUUCAUUCCGCUCGAAACUCUUUAUCUCAUGGCUACGUCCGACAGCCUCCUCCGGCAACGAACGAGCGACGAUGCCGACGUCGAUCGGCCCAAACCCAAGACCGACACCACCUCGUACAACAAUAAAGCCAGGAGACAGCGACGAACGGGCAUGGCCAGACGUGGCCUCCGCUCCUUGGCCAUAGCCGUGGCGCUGCCGGCGGCGCUCCAGCUCUGCUUUUUGGGCUGGGCCAACCGGGCCCCGUCUGCCCAUCGGCCCUCCUCGUCCUGGAUCCUGCAGGCCGUGUCCGUGGUGUCGGCGUCGCUCAUGGGCCUCUGCGCUUGGUUGGUUUGGGCCGAAGGCGGCUUUCAUCAGAAGCCCAAGGCACUGGCCUUCUUCUUGGGCUACCUCGGGCUGAGCCUGGCCUGGGACCCGAUUGUCUUCCGGGUGGGCGCUGCUUGGGUCGGGUUGUUGGUGAGCCUGGCGAUGUUCGGAGCUCUGGCCGGGUGUUCUCGGAUAUUCAAGGAGGUGAACCCGAUUGCAGGCGACCUGGUCAAGCUUUGCCUGAUAUGGGCCGGGUUUGUGGUCAGUUUGAAUCUUAAGCUUCUAUAUUGGUGAUGUUUAAUCGGUUUGAUGGGUCCUUAGAGGGGUCGAUGACAAAUUAGUAAUUACAGUUGUUCGAGGGCAAAAUAGAAAAAAAAAUAAAGAAAGUUCAAGUCUUUAUUGUAAUUAUGACAGCCAGUGUUGUAGGCUUGCGCUUUCGAGAUUGUAAACAAGUUAUUGUAUUAUUAUGGGAACUUUCUGUCUCUUUUUUUCAAA